AUGUCAAUAAAGGUAGUUCAAGAAUAUGAGCGUGCUGUCAUCUUUCGACUUGUAAAUUUAUUUAAAAUUGUUUUAAAUUUAAAUAAUUUAAAGGGGCGACUUCUUCCCGGCGGCGCCAAGGGUCCAGGAAUUUUCUUCAUUGUUCCCUGCAUUGAUACUUAUAGAAAAGUUGAUUUGCGUGUACUUUCUUUUGAGGUCCCUCCACAAGAAAUACUUUCUAAAGAUUCUGUAACUGUUGCUGUUGAUGCUGUUGUUUAUUUCCGAAUUUCUAAUGCAACAAUUUCUGUAACAAAUGUAGAAGAUGCUUCUCGCUCCACAAAACUUUUAGCUCAAACAACUUUACGAAAUAUAUUAGGUACUAAAACUUUAGCUGAAAUGUUGAGUGACCGUGAAGCUAUUUCCCUUCAAAUGCAAGCAACAUUGGACGAAGCUACUGAACCUUGGGGAGUAAAAGUUGAAAGAGUUGAAGUUAAGGAUGUAAGAUUACCUAUUCAAUUACAACGUGCGAUGGCUGCUGAGGCUGAGGCCGCACGUGAAGCUAGAGCGAAAGUAAUUGUUGCUGAAGGAGAACAAAAAGCCUCCCGCGCUCUCAAAGAAGCAGCAGAUGUUAUAGCAGAAUCUCCCCAAGCAAUUCAACUUCGUUAUUUACAAACAUUAAAUUCUAUUAGCGCUGAGAAAAAUUCUACAAUUAUUUUUCCGUUUCCUGUUGAUUUACUUAGUGCUUUACUUCAUCAACAGCAACAUUCUACACAACAAACAUCAUUAUCAACACAAAAUCAACAACAAACACAAAUACAGCCUAUUAAUCGUUCACCUGUCCACAAAACUAAUGUAUUUUCAACUGUUGUUGCACCAGCAUCACAACAAUAUCAAAUGUAG